UAAUUAUCUUUGUUCUUCUGAUUGUGUUAUUUGAGGCUAUUUUUACAAAUCUUCCUUAAAUUGGGCUAAAAUCUAAAAGUGUCCUCAAAUCAUCCUUUCCUCCACCAACUUCAAUCUGUGAAAACCCAAAAACAACCUUACAUUUAGAGAACAACGGCAGUACUUCUUUCUUCAAGACCAUAAGGGUAGAUUCGCCAUUACAUAUCAUCAUCAUCAUCCUAAAAACUUGUUUGCAGAAAAAUCCACUGCUAACUUUGCUCCAUUUCAUCAAUUCGAACUGUCGAAAUCCAAUUGUAAGAAAUUGCUAUCUCCAAUGAUUUUUUGCCUAACAGUCAUGCAUAAAAAUUUAAUAUCUGCUUUUUUUACUCAAAUGAAUGUGGAGAUUUUUUUGGUAGGGGAAUCGAACCCGCAAUAAGGUGAAAAUUCAGUGAGAAUAUUUCUUGCAAAAGAGACAUGCAGAUCCGGCAAAAGCUUUUUUUUGGAUCCAGUCCAGCUAUAUGUCCUCAUAGUGUGUGGGGAUUUGUACCUGCAUAUCUAAAGCAACGCAAGAUGCUGCAUACGUCAUGUCAGAUUAUAUUGCAAAGUAGAGCUAAACGAUGUGGCUUUUUAGUUAAUUGUCUUAUUGGAACCAUUGAAAACUCAAAUAAUGAGCACCAGACUUGUCAUAGAAAUGGUGAGGAAAUUUCAUAUGAUUUGUACAAUGAGUCCAUUUGUGAGUUGUGUACUGAAGGCAAUGUUGAUAAGGCAAUGAGAUUGCUUUCCCAGAUGGAGGCUUUGGGUUUUCAUCCAAGUUUUGUAUCUUAUAGCAGCCUGAUUGCUGCCCUUGGAAGUGUUGGCAGGACUUUGGAAGCUGAUGCAGUCUUUCAAGAAAUGCUAUGUUCUGGUCGCAAACCAAGGAUAAAGGUGUUCAAUACCUUACUUAGGAGCUUCUUGAGAAAAGGCCUCUUAAGGCUAGCAGAUAAGGUCUUGAUGUUACUCGAAGAAUUGGCUGUUGACAGGAACCAAGAAACUUAUGAGAUCCUGCUUGAGUAUUAUGUCAAUGCUGGGCGGCUGGAAGAUACUUGGUUAAUUGUUGCCAAAAUGAGGAGAGAAAGUUAUCCUUUAAAUUCUUUCGUGUAUAGUAAAAUAAUUGAACUGUAUAGGGACAAUGGCAUGUGGAAAAAAGCACUAGGCAUUGUGGAAGAAAUCCGCGAGAUGGGGCUACGACUAGAUAAGCGCCUCUUUAAUAGCAUCAUUGAUACUUUUGGCAAGUAUGGUGAGUUGGGAGAGGCCUUAGAAGUAUUUGACAAAAUGCGCCGACAAGGCAUAAAGCCUGAUUUUAGAACAUGGAAUUCUUUGAUCCGGUGGCAUUGCAAGUUUGGGCAUCUAGAUACUGCUAUAGAAUUGUUCAAUGAGAUGCAAGAGCAAGGACUAUACCCUGAUCCUAAGAUCUUCAUUAUCAUUAUUACCCAUUUAGUGGAGCAGGGAAAGUGGGAGGUUAUUGAUAAAAUUCUUGAGAGUAUGCAAGGGAGAGGACAUCACAAGAGUGGGGCUAUUUACGCCCUCUUGGUUGAUAUUUAUGGCCAGCAUGGGAGAUUUCAGGAUGCAGAGUAUUGUUUAAAUGCCCUAAAAUUGGAAGGCCUUCAGCUUUCACCUAGCAUCUUUUGUGUCCUGGCCCAUGCCUAUGCUCAGCAGGGAUUAUGUGAGCAGACUGUAAAGGUUCUGCAGAUAAUGGAAGUCGAAGGAAUGGAACCAAACCUUAUAAUGCUAAAUAUGUUGAUAAAUGCUUUUGGGAAUGCUGGUAGGCAUAUGGAGGCACUAUCAAUUUACCACCAUAUAAAGGAUAUGGGUAUUACUCCUGAUGUGAUUACUUAUAGCACUUUAAUGAAGGCUUUUAUGAGGGCUAAGAAGUUCGAUCAGGUCCCCAAGAUAUAUAGUGAAAUGGAAUCCACUGGAUGUACGCCAGACAGAAAGGCUAGAGAAAUGUUGCAAUCAGCAUUGAUGAUCCUUGAACAGAGACACUGUUAGUUUAAGUAUAAGUAGUUAGCCUUAUUAGGCUGUAUAACUGCUGUUGUUUGCUUCUUCAAUCAGAAGAUGAUGUACAGCACCAGAAACUAUAAACACUUUUGAUGCUGCUCACUGUAAUUUUUGAGGACUUCGAUGCUCAACUUAUCUGUUGUAGCUCUUCCUCGUGCCUUGUUUAUAAGGAACAUCAUUUAACCUGUGAGAUCACAUAUCUCCCUGAAUAUGGCGGAGUCACUUGUCAUUUUUGAGCCCCAGAUGUACUUCUCUUCGUCUGCAUUAUUGCUAUAUCAACAGGAAAUCAUCAAGCUCAAUUCGAUAUGCUUACAGAUUAGACUCCACGCGUUUCUUGGAUUAUUUGAUGCUGCAUAGAGUUUAUCUCUUACUGUAGCAAUGCAAUUUGCACCUUGAUUAACUUAUAUAAUUUGAAGGAGAUAAAAACAACGUUUCUGAAGACUAAAAGAGUGUACUAUUGCAGCUGUAGAUUCCAUUGCUGGAUGCAGAACCUGCAAAUGACAACACUAAAUCAGAAAGAGGAUGCAUUGUUUGUAUCAUGCAUAUAAAUUCUUUCUUCAUUUGUAAGACUUGGAAGUACAACCACAACAUAUCAAUGUAAUCCCACAAAGUAGAGUUUGAA